UAGAAAGACCUUCCCUCAUACUGUACCUAGGCGCCGACAACCCUGCCCUGCCUCGCCUGCUCAAUGCUCACCCUUUAUCCCGCCCCCAGUGCUUGUCAGAAUGGCUUGGCUGACAGCGCUGAUCCCAAGCCGUUGGUCGGGGGUUUUCACGCGGGCCAGCCCAUGGGCCACAGCGGAGUGGACCCUGAAAAAUGAGCUAAAGAUCGAGCGGCGCGGCACGGACUUGGGGCUAUUCGGACUACACACCCUCUCCUUUGGAGAUUUCUGCAGCUGCUUAUCCAUCCAUCAGUAUCGAUUUGCAUCCAAUCCCUGAUACUGGUAUAUCUUUGUCCUUGUCUUUGGCUUUGUCGCACUCUGCAUCCUAGAUGAUUCACUGCCACGGUUACUAAGACUAAGACUAUCAAAGACGCUCUUGAUUUUCAGGAUGAGUGCGUGAGAAACAGCCACAAAAUUCGCGAAGAUAGAAGCUGCACGAUGCACCUCCACGGCACAGCUCAGCAGCUGCUGCUGACGAAUUGUACAUUCGUGCUAUCGCCAGCUCGAUUGUUCUCUCCAUUUCAUCCCAUCUCAUCCAAUCGCACGAACGGGUUGAGAAAGUUCGAUAGAUAGGCUUACGGACAUCAAUCCAAUCCAUCGCGCAUAGACCCCACCACGUACCCAAGCAUGCACAUCGAAGGCGUGUCGUCCCAAGCAACCAGAUACCAACACCACGCACAUGGUCCCCUGCCCGGCCCGUCGAUGGGCUGGCUGGCUGGCUGGCUGGCUGGCUGGCUAGAAGGAAGAGGCACAGUCUUCUUGAUGGCCCGUCUCACUACUCCAACCCGUCUGGGGAAGUCAGCAUGCAGCUGGGAUAUUGAUUACCUGGAUCUAGAUCUGGAUGAGGCUGGUGGAGUCGAGUGGAGGGGUAAGCCAGUGUCAGCCCUGCAUGCGACUCUGCCACAUGGGAAUUGGAGUUUGGUUUCAAGGAUUGUCUGGCGCGAACUCAUCGACCAUGCGAGAGGGACUGAGAAUCCUGGUUGUGUCUCUGCUUGCAGCUGCUAUCAAGACUUCGCCUAGUAUCAGGAUGUCGUAGUGCUGCAUCUAUUUGGGGGCCCGUGGCUGAAGAGUCUCCAUAUUGAUGGUAGCACUCCUCAUUGGCUUCUUCGUAUACUUCCUGGUCUGCGUACAUUCAGUGGAUCUCGAUCGUGCGUGGGAAAGUGGGAAGUGCAAAAGAAGUCCGAGAGAAAGCAUAGGUUGAUAGAUCUUUGCUGGGAGCAGUCGAGUAAGAAGUGUGGUUGUAUUACCAAAAGCCUCGUCUUGCUUAUUCUUUCAACUAAUCUCCCUAUCAGCUGGAGAGGUACUUCACGUCUCCAAAUCUGACCAGUGAAGCUCAAGAAAGGAUUUCUCCGUCGCGGUAUCCAUGAUCCGGGUUCCAGGGACAAGGGUAGUUGACACCAUCCAUUUUCUGUGUUCUCGACCCGACCGUUUUCAAUUCCCUCGAUAAGACCUGCUCUUCAAGGAUCCUGUCCCGCUCUGUCCAAGCCUACAUAGCCGCCAGGACACAUCUCUACCGCUGACCAUCCUUGCUUUGCCGCGAUCAUGAACUAGCGCGAUAUCGUAGCCCAAAGCAUCACCACUUUGGGACAACGGAGGCAGCUCUGCUCAGAAAUUCCCUCACUUCAGCUGACUCGAAAUAUCAAAAUGGAAGUUUUAGACGGAAAGACUUGACUUGAUACCCUCUAGACCUGAUACACCCUACUUCGGCCCGUGAAUGAUCAUGGGUCAACAGCUUGCAAGCUCCGUCCGAACAAGCAUCUCGGUCAAUACACUGCCAAGUAUUCCCUAGACUUGCAGAUCUGCACCACUUCGAUAGCUUACAAGAUCUAUUGUGGCCUUUUGGAGGGCUUGGAAAUAUCAGACUGGGAACAGGAUCCACAUCUGCUCCCUCGUACCAGAUCUGAUUUCUGUGGGGAUCCAAUCUGGGUUUGCCAUCCGUGAAACUCGAUCUCGCAAGUCUUUGUUUUCUCCUACCUUUUAUGUACCUUGCCAACGGGUGUACCGGUUACGCAAGGACGGCGACCACUGCAGCUCGUGUUCGACCGAUUGUCGGACGAUGCGUUGGGUAGGUCAACAUAACUUGACUUAUUCAAGUAUGUGCAAGUCCAAGGAAUAUGUGCGAGUGUCAGGGCAAGUGCCAGGGAGAAGUGUGGAGCGAAUAGAGGCUCCAAUAGAAACCCCCAAUGAAUGAGGCGUAGUUGGCUAUCCGAUAAUCGCACUUGACUCAUGCCGACUGAUUCACGGAUCGAUCAGUCGUCUGGUUAAUCAAUACGUAAGGCUGCGCUCUCACUUGACCACCUUUUAUAGCUUGCCCUCCCUCAAUAACUUCCACAAAAUCUCGACCCGCUAUCCAUCUUGACUAAACACCUCCACUUCAUCGAGUCAUUCUUUCAUACCCCUUUACUUUUUAACUACUGUUUGUACAAGCCCUCAGCUACACUACAAGCACAGGCCAGCAUGGCAACUCUUCAUGAGGAUGAGAGUUCAAGUGGAACACCCUCACCAGUUACAUCCAACGCUCCUUCAGGUACUCUCACAAGAAUGUCAUCCUUCGAGCUUCACCCUCCUGCCACAGGCCCACAACUAGGCGACGUCCUUGUCGUCGGCGGCUGUGGCUUCCUCGGCCAUCACGUCGUCAAGUUCCUUCUCAAAGAAACCACAUGCACAUCCAUCUCUGUCAUGUGUCGAUCGCCCUUCAAGAACCGUUAUGAAGGCGUCACCUACUACAUCGGAGACGUCACGAACCUUGAACACUGUCGCCAUGUUAUGAACCAAGUCCGUCCAAAGGUCAUCUUCAACACAGCCUCGCCUCACGCCUACAAAGACCACGAACAUGUCCCAGACAUCUUCAAGGUCAACAUCAACGGCAACCAGAACCUGCUCGAAGCAGCUGUUGAAACUGGUACCAUCCAAGCAUACGUCUACACAUCCUCAGGCCCCAUCAUCGCCGGCUCAGGAGGCGGCUAUGAUCAUGCCGAUGAAACAUUCCCAACACUCGCCGUUCCAGCCAUCAGAAAAGGAGAUCCAUACCACGUUGCCAAGGCUCUCGGCGACAAGAUCGUUCUUGAAGCAAAUGGCAAGCAUGGAAUCCGAACAUGUUGUAUCCGCCCUACAGCCUUGUACGGCGAAGGAGAUGGUCAAAUGAUUGGCCCAGUCAUCGAUGCUCUCGAGGCUGGCCAAACAGGUAUCUGGAUGGGCUACAAUGAUAUAGACAUGGACGUCGUCUAUGUCGGUCAUGUUGCCAUUGCUGAAGUCCUCGCUGCCAAAGGUCUUCUCGUCGAGAUGAGCGAUCCAAAAGCCCCAAAGGUUGCAGGUGAAGCAUUCAACAUCACAGACGACCAACCUUCUCCCCCUCUGACUUUCUUCCGCAAAUACUGGGCUCUGGCUGGUGAUCAUACACCUCUCAGCAGCAUCUGGUAUAUUCCUCCCAUACUGGUUCUGAUUAUGGCUCACAUUGCGGAGUACAUCGUUUGGGCUACCACAUGGGGAAAGCUGCGUCCUACGAGUCUGAUUCUGGAACGUAUGGAGUUCAUUCUGUACACUCGCACAUAUUCCAUCAAGAAGGCACGUGAGCGUCUUGGUUUUGUACCGUGGGAGGAUCAGCCAUAUGCCAAUCAAGAGGAAGCUCUGAAAGGCUCGGUGGACUGGUAUCUCCUGCCUGAAAAUCAUGGUCCUGUCAAGACUGGCACUUUUCCAUCAUGGCCCGAAACACCAUUCAAGCUCAUUUCCACAACCGGUGCUCUCACCACCCCCAACAUCCCCCAAAACCACCAUUGUAUCGCCAACGCGCGCUUCAUGGCCCAAACCCACAACACCAUCUUCCGCGCUCUCAACAGCAUCUACGCACACUCCUACCAUGUCCAGCCCUCCACCGACUCCGCAACCCACCUCCUCUCCUACUGCAGCAUAACCUACGACUUCAUGCACCACCACCAACUAAUUGAAGAAUCGCACUACUUCCCCGAAAUCGAGCGUGUGACCGGCAUCAAGGAACUCAUGUCCGAGAACCUAUCUCAACACAAAGCCAUGGACAAAGGCAUGGAAGCGUUCCGUCGAUACGCGGAGACGACUCUCAAGGAGGAGUUUGAUGGAGCCAAGUUGAGAGCUGUGAUUGAUCAGUUCAAGGAGCCGUAUGAGAAGCAUCAGCAUGAGGAGAUUGCGACGAUUCUGGGGCUGGGAAAGGUUAUUGAGAGUAAGGUGUUGAAGGGUAUUGAUAUGCGGAUGAGGGAAGAGGCUGAGAGGCAGAGUGAUGUGUUUAAAGCCGCCCCCUUCGUAUUCACCGCCCAAGACUCCACAUUCACGCUCGACUCCCACCCCUCCACGGGCUCAAUCUCCUACCCCCCUCUCAACCCCCUCACCCGCCCCAUAAUCCCAUACAUCAUCUCCCUGAUCUUCUACCCCCGCCACAGCUCAGCCUGGGCCUUCGCACCCUCCACGAUCCACGGCGCUCCGAAACCUCUACCUAGUUCUACCAACGCAAUGACGAGUGGGAAGAAUGGGAGUGGGAAGAGAGUGGGGAAGAUGGGGGAGUUUGUUGAUGGCGAGGAGCUGUAUUGUAAGGGUGUUAGUGGGGCGUGGGUUUGGUGGGAUGCGGUGCUUGAGAGGGUUGGGGGGGAGGAUGGUGUGAGACAGGUUGUGCUUGCGGUCGUUGUGUUGGUUUUGGCAAGGGUUUGGUAUGGUUAGGUGGUUGUGAUGGGUGUGGGAUGUGGAGGAUUUGAUCUUGCUUUUGCUUUUGCUUUGUAUUUGCUUACUUACUUGCAUUGAGGAUGGGACUUGCUGUCGGGAUGGUGAUGGAUGAUCAUGGUCUGGAGUGAAGUAGCGGUACCGUUCGGCUCGUUGAUUGUGGAUGGUAUUUUACUGCUCUGCUCCGCUCUGUUAUUGGUCGUCUGGUUCUUCAAUGUGGCAAUGGAUGAGUUUAUUCGGGAUUAUAGGCAUUGGCGUUUGCAGGCACAUUCGCUUACUCAAUCACUCCCUUGAUCAUGAUCAUGUCCUCCUUCGCUUGUUCCUGCGAAGCGUUUUAUCUGCGUGUUUGCUUUCUGAUCGUGUCUUCGCAUGGCUUACUCGCUAUAUCAUGGAGCAGUCUCUUUUUUCAUGUCAUACUAGCACAGGAGACACGACUACCGAUGCGUUCCUUUUGUUUUCUCUAUUUUGGUUUUGGCUUAGCACAGUUUGGCGGGGGACUUUGAUACCAUUGAUGUACUGAAAACAGUCUCGUUAUUUGCUUAGUAAUUGUGGUGAUAGUCUAUGGACGAAAAAAAUGCAAUCUAUGAGCUUUGAACAUUCUGAUGUUCUGUGCGAGAACUUCUGUGGAGGUUCCGAGGAAUACCGUAGGUCGUUGUGAAUUUCCAAGAUAGAAUUCCUUGAAGAUAUCUCAAGUGCACUCAUCUGCGUACAUCAUACGGUUACGCUGAAGCAACAAGCCAUUUUUCAUUUAUUCAAUCCCUCUUUUCUUUCCUCUCUACAUCAUUCUGGCAUGGCAUUCAGUG